GUUAGAUCUGUUCCCUGACCUGGCUGAUGGUGUGGGCUCAGAAACAGUUGUGAUGGCCCAGGGCCUGGUAUGAGUGACCAGAGGGGGAACUGAAGAUGGUGACUUUUGGUACCAGGCAUUUUAGUGAAGGAGCCAUAAGAAAGAGAAGCCUGGAAAAACUAAAGCUGCAAGAACAGGAGCACGUUCGGAAAAGGGGGGAAAAGACACGGGGUUGAAAGAAAAACACGUGGUGAUGAAAAGAAGUUCGAGAGAGGAAAAAGAAAGCUAAGCUCAAGAGGAGAGAAGAGAGGCAGAUAGAUGGAGAUGAGAAACAUCCCCCAAAGCAGCAGAAGGUACCAGCUGAAGAACAGCAGUGGCCAGAGAAUAUGCCUGAAUGGGAAGAAAGGAAAUCCCUGCUAGCUCAGAGAAGAGUGGAGGCUGUCAGACUGCUUACAGUGCUGUUAAGCCAUGUGAAAUUGGCAAGUCAAAAAGUGGAUCCUUCAUGGGGCGUAAGGAAGGACGAUUCCUUCUCUGAAACAGCAUUAACAGACAUACAUCAGGAACUGAUUAACUCCCAUUAUCAUACGCACAAAGAGUUGAAACAUAAGGAGGAGUUUAAGUGCCCGCUAAUCCUAAAAGGUAGCAGCUUAUGUAGCGAGGAAGGAGAUGUGAGUAACUUCCAUGCAUCUACUUGUCAUAUAGUCAGGACGAUUUUAAAUGACCCUUCUCCAGCCCCACGUUCUGACGGACAGCCUGGCAGAGAUGCGUGCAACUCCUUUGGCUGUGGAUCUUUGCUGAUUACAGUUACGCAAGACCGCAGGGUCAUCCAGCCUCUCGAUGGAAGGGACUGCCCAGCACUGAAUGUAGCUCACACACAGACAGUGUCUGAAGACUCUUGCAAAAAGCAAAAGGUUUACGAGACUGAUGAGUUCAUCCAUUAUUUACUAAACUACUAUCAGACUCCGCACUAUGCACGUGUUUGCUUAGAGCCAAAAAAUACUGCGCACAAGUCCUGGUGGAAGAGAGUGGUAUCUGGUGGUGGUAGUGCUUUUGACAUCAGCUUGAGUAGCAAACAUGGUCAGCACUUCAGAGAAGUGAGUCCUGUACAAAAUCUCAGCAAGAGAAAUUGUAGUAGUGGUGAUAAUGGUAGACUGGUGAUUGCUGUUGGGGAGCUUGAGUCAAUGAACACAGUGUUAGAAAACAAGGCCUGUGGGGGCAGGCUUGCAAAAGAGUUGCAAGGGCAGAGGAAUGACUUGCUCACUGUUGGUAACUUACCCUAUGCUGAACUGAAUCAUUCUUUGGAUUGCACUGCUGUUACUCAUGAUAAGGAAUUCAAACAAGAAGAUGGUAGUGAUGAAGGUACUGUACCAUACAAAAUAUGUAGAUGUGCUUGCAAAUUAAAGGAUUUGUUGGAAGAGAUCAGUGAUCCUGACUACUUUAGAGAGGCAAGUAGCAGCUCAGUGAAGAGAACAGAAAGAAGGUGUGAAGAAAUUUACAGCAAUUGCAAUAGAGGGUGCUUACCUGCAAGAGCUGGGGAAAGCAAAUUACUGGUUUACCUUAAAAAUGUAACUCUGGAAGGUCAAGAGACGGAAAGCAGCAAAUGUAGCUUCUGUUCUAAUUCUGUCCAUCAGGGCCUGGCAAGGCAGUGUGAGCAUAAGCUUAAGAAGUCGUGCAAGAGAUCUAGUAGUAAAUUGAGGCAUGAAGGACAGAAAAGCAAGAUACAGUCCAGGGAAGAGGAGAGGAAUGCUCGCAAAAUGAAGAAAAAGAGAAAAAAGCUUUCUUCUAAUCUUUUAUCUGAUGAAUGUGGCUUUUCAGAGACGGACAGUUGUGUGCAGCUGGAGUCGCUCAGAAAGAUACAAGGAAAAUGUAAGAAAAUGUUGCACAAAAAAGUGAAAUUCAAGACCCUUCACACCACCAUGGCAGCACCAGAUGUUACCCCUUGUGAUGGCUCACUACUGCAGGAGACCCUCCAGAGAACAGGAGAUGAGAGGAGAUUAAUGUUGAGAAAAGAGAUGGAUGCAGAUGUCAGAGGAUGCCCUCUAUUUCCUCUUGAGAUAAUUCAGACAGACCCCUGCUCAGAUACUUUCUGUGGAGCAGAGCCCAGAAGAGGAUGCUGAACAGCUACUAUGUAACAGCUCUUAAGUUUUUAUAUACAAGUGGGAGAAGAAAGACCUUUGAUUAAAAGGUACAUGAAAUAGUGGGGGGGUUUGUUGCUUAGGUGAUUUCUUUGGUUAGAAUAUCUGACUGGUGUAGUGAGUGUCACAGAACAAGAACUUGUUUUUGCCUUUUGGGUAACAGGACCAAAACUUUCCCUAGGGCCAGACAAACUUUCAUGGACCAGUUGCUAAGAAUUUGAAAGGAUACAGAUUGAGAUCUCGGGUUGUUAAACUCUGAUUAAAUGUAGAGAACCGUGUAAAUACACGGUAAAGUUACGGUAUUUCAAAAUAAGGAGGAAAAGACAUAGCUAUAUAAAUCUAGAGCAAGCAUAUGAAGUGCCUCCUCAAUCAGAUUGUUAAAAUGGUGGGACUGGAAGGUGUGGGUGACAUUUAUUCUCAAUUGUGUAAAAUAAUAGAUCCCAUAAACCCACCCUGGAAAAAUGCUUGUUUUCCAUUCAGAAUUCUAGAGGUGUUUCUGCAAGUUUGCUGGUCCCUGGGAGGAACCCAACAAGUUUCAUGAGAUUUCGAAGGCACACCCAGUAAGACUGCUUUUUAGUAUGACUUUGCUUACAAGUAAUUUCAGAGGAAUUGUGAAAUGUUGACGGACUUGUGCUGCAUGUGGGUAAAAAUGUGAAAAUGCAGUCCUAGGGGCUUGAGUUAUAUCUCUAUUUAUUCAGCUGGCUAUGUUUAGAAGACAGACUCUAUUGCUUUUGGACAAAGUCUCUUAGCAAGACGUAGAAGACUAAUUCUAAGUUAAAUACGUUGAUUAUUUCAGCUUUCAUUUUACUAUGCUUUAUUUAUUACAUGUCAGUAUACUAAAUUAAUGUGAUAAUGUUGCCUUCGUUACCUAGAAUCUUACCCAUGUUUGUAACUUCUGCUCUAAUAAAUAGUAAUAAUAACAA